UGCGGCGUUGACUCGAUCCUUUUCUGCGGGAGCCUCCAUCGGGUGCGGACGUCGGCGAUGAAGAAAUAACUCCAAGAAAACUGAACGGGGAGAUGACAUUGCUCAUGGUGGACCCAAGACCAGCCAGUGCCUGACGCUAAGCAGCGAUGCCUCGCCUGUGAGUGAACAUCGUCCCACCCCUCGCUGCGCUGUCCCGCGGCCAUCUUGCAGAUGCAGCGCGCGCAGUGCAAGCGCUAGACAGGAGGCACCUGUAGUCUGCAUCGAUUGAAGCUGGAGCCAUCCGGGGCGCAUGUGUAUAACCCAUUGCGCUAGUCGCUCGGUCGCCAGUGUUGUGAACUCGUGUUCGAUUAAAUAUUUUGACUCUAUGACAUUCAUUUACCUGGUCUAGUCCAGCAAAGUUUACAGUGCAAUAUAAUUUGAAACGAAAUGAAAACAUACAGACAAUUUCAAAUCGCAAUCAAACCAUCAAAUUAUAUUUUAUUAUAAAAAUAAAAUUGAUGCAAAUAAUCACUCAGCAAGUGAAUAACUUCUUCUUAAAAGUGAAAACCACUCAACUAAUAAAAGUCCGCUGUCUCGUUGGCAGCCGCAAGUGAUAGUGCUCAAAACCGCAAAUCAAAGACUAGUAUGUUCAAUCCCAAAGUAAUACGAAACUACAAUUCGUGUGACAUUAGUGUAGAGUUUGAAGAAAAGUGCAAAAAAUCGUUCGUGAAUAAAUAAAUAAUCAAAUAUUUAAACUCGGAAGAUUCUAGUUGCACAAAUUGAGCCAGUGUUACGUUUCUUUUUUUACAUUUGAGUUUUUUCCAUUAACCUCAUCGAUCUCCAGAAACCCACCCAGAUUGCAUCCCGCCCCACCUCCGGCUUCCUCCCACUGCAUCCUACCCCCACCUCGUCCCUCCCUGCCAGAUCUACCCUGGCCCGGCAAUCAAUAACGCAUCCCGCACUUUAUACGCAUGUGCAGAAUGACACUGCCUGCGCCACCGAAACUUCAAUCUUAUUUCAAUAAGAACACAACAAUAAUCAUUAUAAUAGUAAUGUGAAAGUUUACACAGAUCAGUGAAAAUAAUAAUAGCUAAGAAACAUCCUACACAGUCUUUAAAAGAUGUGCAACACUUAGUUCCUGUCACUAUGUAAGCAAUUAUUUAUUGAUUUUUUUAUACUAUAUUAAUUUUAACAUCAAGCUUGGCGAAAUUAAUACCGCUGGCGUUGUUUUUUUAUUAUUGUUAUGAAUUUUAUAGAUCAUCGGUUGAGUCAUAGUACACACUCCCGUUUUUUAGAGGUGCUUGGAAAAAUGACAAUUCAUUGAAUUGUCUAAUCGUAUGGUGCUUUGUUAAGAUAACCCUUUUUUAAUGAGAAAAUAUUAUACUCACUUUGAUAAAUUUAAAUACCAUUCUUCCGUACUUAAAACUAGUGGUGCGCACCGCUAGAAAAAGAUUGCCCUUCCCUAUACAUUCCUUCCUUAUUUCGAAUUAAUUUCACGUGUAUCAGUGUUUUAUCAAUUAGUCUCAACAACGUAAAAAUCUAUUAAUUUUGAAGCAAUAAAAAUAUGACCACCCAAAAUUCUUCCUCAGAAGAUAAUGAAUUAGAAGACGACUGCUACGCAUUCGUAAUGGACGAACAUAUCUUGCGACGCGAGCUGCGUCAGGUAGAAGCUGCUUUCUUGCAGAACUGCCGGACACAAGCGCUGGGCAUAUAUGGAUCGAACUAUCAGCGAAGCAUUCGCAACAAAGAUGUAGAGUCAGACCAAGAGAAGCAAUCUCACAAGCAAAAGCUUUUGAGAUCUCCGUCUUCAUUUCGCUCGCCACCGCGGUCUCAGUCGCCCUUGUCGUCGGAGCCCAAAUCGCCCUCGCAAAUACGUUCGGCUUCGCCCGGAUCUGGUAGUUCGCCCGAGGACUCCAGCGACUUCAGCGAGGAAGACACGGACCGUUCAAACUCACCAAUAAUACGCGACGAGAAAAUGCCUACCGACGAAAACGAGGAAGAAACUCACGAUUCUGAGAAACCUGUAUUUCGAUCGCUCUAAACUGACCUCCGAGAAUGCUGCACGACACAAAUAAUGACGAACACGCUAACGCACGAAGAUUAACUUGAUCGGCUCUUGUUUACGGUUUCUAUAUGUUUAGAGGAGUCUUCGAUUAUAUCCAACGAAGAUCCUCCCAUACUCGUAGUAUAAUAUGUGUGGCGAGGAACCAGUCCUUAAUAUCUAAUAAAUUCAAUAUUAAGUGUUAGAUAUUAUAAUUCAUAAUGACAAGUGGCAUGUCAUGGCGCGUCAUCCGAAGGGAGAAUAAAUCGGUGUGAUCAGUAUUCGAUUAUAACUUUUGGAUUGUCAAGAUCUGGGAGAUGGAAACCGAGCGUUUGGUGCGAAGCGGCGGUGGAGAGCUCUACUGAGAUCCUGGGUUCACUGAAUUCAGCGGAUUAAGUGGAAGAGUGAUGAUGUUGAACGUUGCCUAGUGACAUGUUUUGACGCGUCGUUAUGGGGACAAGAGAACUAAACUUUAGGUUAAGUGUUUAUAGUGCCAUGUGACACUGAUACAGUAGUGAAAAUUUAAAAUAGUGAUUAAGGUUUAUUAAACACGUAUAAUAUUAUAUUCUUAUCUUCUACAUAAAAAUAUAUGAACUAUAUACACAUUUCUUAAUAGAAGGGGGUUUUGAGUUAGAAGUGUGUUUCUUCAGUAAUGCCUCAACCCCAGUAGGCUUAAGUGGACUUGUAACACUAAUUGGCAGUGUUUAUUAUAUAAAAAACAAUGUUGUUAAUUUUACAUAAAAUAUUUUAAGCCUGUUUUGGAGUCAUGCUUACGGAAAUUAUAUUUUAAUUAAGUUCAUUUGGCGAAAUCAGAUCUGUUACCGGUUGAUUAAACCUUUAUAAGGCAGUGACAGUGUAGUUGCAUUUCGAACCUUAUCCUGUUAUAUUGAGGUCGAAAAACAAUGAACAUGUUAAAACUUGCUACGUCUUAUAAAGAGUUAAAAUUGAAAUUGAUAUUAUAUUAUUGCUCUUAUCAGAAUCGCGUCUCCGCUCCUGUGAAUUCUUUGCGAGUGAGGAUGACAGAUUGAAAAAAGCUAUCAAAAUUGCAACCUUUCAUUAGCGACAGGUAACUCCGGUCUAAACUUUGGCAUAUUCUCCAAAACCUAGCCACGCGCAGCUGUCAUCGUCAACCGCAAGGGUGCAAAUCUAUUCGCUCGUAAAAAUAUUUGUAAUGCCAUUGUAAUUUUACAACAGUAACAUAAUAAUAGACUGUAUAAUGUGCACUUGAUGAACUAUUUUCGUUAAAAUCGUUAACCCAGAAGCAAGAAUGAACAAUCGCAACACACGAGUCGGUCGUACAACUCGGCAGAUGGACGCGCUCAUGUAAGAAUCGCCAAUCACCUCUCUCGGCACUCGCGGGCGGUCCGUGUGAAGAUGGCUCUUCUGAACAUCAAGACCUGACUACGGUCACCAGGUGGUAGUACUGUAUUCCUCAGUGCCAGUACGUCUGGGUGGGUACCACCGCUCUGCCUCAUACAGGCAGCGUCAAAUAGUUUGUGACACCCCGAACAAGCCAAAAAGUUCGCAACACGGCUUUGUUACAACGUAUUAAGGUUGUGUUUUCAACUUUUUGGUUUGGAUGUUACGAACUAUUUGAUGCUCAUUGUACCAGUUUCGGUAGCACGCUCUUGUGGGCAUGCACCGACCGGCAGGGUAGCCAGGCACGACAGCUAACAUCUGAAUCUGUCUCAGUUGGUCAACAUCUGGAUUGUAACCACUACGAAGUGGUCAUGAAACUAGUAAUAGUUUCAUUUUUUAGUUUUGUUCUUGUAGUUCAGACUUGAUGUCUAAGUAGUUUCAAAAGGGUGAGAGAGAGGUACAGUGCAGCGGUUCAUGAAGUCAGCGCUAUUAUUUUUUCCAUUAAACUUCUCUAUACAGUCUGUUAAUUCUACAAACUAUUUCCACUAUACCUUUGGCGCAAAUGGUUUCUCCAAAACACAAUGGCAUUGCACGUGUUUUAACGCGAGUAGGCUAUAGUAUAGUUAGUUGCAUAUAAUAUAUCCUUUUGUAAACAGUCUUACAAUGAAAGUUUAUCAUAUUUUAAAUACUUACCAGAGUGAUUUGUAUUUGUAUUUUUCGACUGCUAUUUAAAACAAAGACAGACUUUUGUGAUAACUGAUUUACAACUGUUUUAGCAAAGAAUUUAUGUUUAUUUUGCAUUUUAAAAUUGUAUCAAUCAUAAUGUUUCUUAUAUUGCAUUUAUUGGUAGUAUUAAGCGACAGAGUCAUAUGGACUCUUAGGUAAGAAAUGAUUAGGCCUGUAUAAGGCCAUAUAUUUAGAUUAGUCAUCCCACUGCAGGCUCUAGCCUUGCCAAAAGUGGGGAGUCCGAUAUUUCAAUGCCAGAAGUAGUUUGUGAGCCUGGGCAGCUUAGUUGUAAGAAUUAUGUGACAGGACUUGGACUGAUACCAUGCAAUGUAAUGCAAAGAAAUGUAGUUUGUAUAAUAUACCUGGAAGUGGUGCCAAGAACGAAGUGGGACGUUGUGCCAUGUGUGGAACAGUUUUUUCAAGUGUAGUGUCUAUUUAACGGAUAAACGAUUCUACAGCCGAUUCGAUGGACAUAUUAGUAGUUUUAGAAAAAUGUAGUUUUAAGGUUCGCAUCGCAAAGAUGUUUGAAAGCGCGCAUCAGCAAUAAGCAGUGGCAACUAUGCGGGGUAUGAAGUAUUCGCCCGCGGUAUGAAGCUUGCAUCGGAGCGGGGGGAGGGGCCGCGGGCCGUCCCCGCCGACGCGCCGCGGCAAGUUGGUUCCGAGGCAACGCAGUGACAGGAUAGGCCGAUCGUCUGCCCCGUUGGAAAUGACAACCUUUUCGAUCAAUCAAUUAGUUAAACGCCCUUUGAACACUUGUUUGAAUUAUUACAUUUUGAACCAAUGUUCAACGUGUGUUUAAACGUUUGGUAAUAAGACCUCCAAUAUUUUAGUGCUAAUACUGUCUAAGGGUGUGCGUGUAAUUGGGCGGCUUCUCGGCGCGGUCGCCUGUUGCUGAAACUAGCACCGUGCAUUGUAGCGCUGCUAGUACAAUUUCGAUAGAGCGGGUGUAUUGCCGAUUGAUGAUAUACGACCUACCCGCAUUACGCAGCGCUGCUCUGAAUUUACAUGUAACAACCAAACGGCGCGCGAGCGACCGUAUCAGGAACCCGCUGAAUGCGGCGGGCGCCCUUUAAGUACCUACUCAAUCAAUGGUUGUAUUUUUCAAAAUUCUUGUUGUAAUUCACUUUACCAUCCUGUCGCUGUUAAUAACGGAACCAACGGACUACACGGUCGCGGUGUGAGAGCGGUCGCGACACUGCAGCGGCCCCGCCGAACCAACUCGCUCGUGGAGUGGCCGACAAAAUAAUGUGGCAUUGUUUUAUUAAGGUUAUAUACGUCUCAAUACGUAUUUUGUUAGUCCUAAGGAUCUCUAUUAUGCUCAGUAGUCAUUUCCUUGUAUUGUAAUAGCAAAACCACAUACUUAAAACCAAAAUUGAGAACUAUCAACGUAACAAAUUAUAAUAGUGUUUAUAUUCCGAUAUUAUGCAUGCAUUUAAUCACAUUAUUUGAUAGUUUUAAGGAUUAAAGGAUUCUAAUAAUCCAAUAUAUUAAUUAGUAGUCUUAUACUACUCAUUUAUUCAAAUUAUUGUAUUAAUAGUUAAGGAUAUAUAAUAUAUUGUAAUGAGAAAGCUGCCCAGCAGCGCGGCAUAUUGUUGUCUUUGCAGCUGCCCAGGGCUCUGGUAUAAUUAUAUUGUAGGAUUUAGCAGCUGUUUGCAGCUGAGCUGCUUAUCACUAUUCACCGCAUGUGCUAAGCGAUAGUAGAUAGUCUAAUAUAUACUGUCUCAGUAUAUCUGGAGUACACAGAGCCCCGAUUACGGUAACUUUUAACGUCUACAAUCCAGACACGCUUCAUCGAUUCUGCGAUAUUAUUGGUCAAAACAGCUGACGUACGCUGUUUACGCUGGCGUACGUCAGCUGUUUUGACCAAUCGUAUUGCAGAAUCAGAAACGCGUCUGGAUUGGAGACGUUAAAAAUUACCGUCAUCGGGGCUCAGUAAGGUGCCGCCGGACUCCGACGUGGGAGCACGUGACUUGGUCUUUCGCCUCACUAUAGUCGCGAGUGUGCCCGGCCCUUAUGCUCUCAUGCGCACAAGCGCUGGUGUGUACCUAUGUACCCUUGCAUUACAUACACUACUCAAGUUGCGCUUGAUGUGUAGAUUUGAGUCAACUUAUAUUUCAAUUGAUAUUUGGUAAAUUUGAAAAGGAUUUUAUAAAGCAGGAGAUCACAGUAAAGAUCUAUCUGAGAAGGCAUUGGGGGCCCAAGCCCAUAGAUACGUACGUUUGUCAGUAAUGCAUAACUUCAUGGUCAUCUGUAUCUAUAACAAGAAAUGUAAACGAUUGGUCAAUAUCCGAGUUCAAGCCAGUGCAAAACUUUUGGCAAUAGGGUCAAAGCAAGAUAGGUUGUUCCCGACAGCUCAUAACUCCUGUUCACUGUGUAAUAAACAGCUUCAGUAUACAAAAGUCAAGAUCUAUUAAGCGGUAGUUUCAGGAUUGGUCAUACAUUACAUGCAACAAGCGCAAUUUGGGAUGUAUCAUUAUUAUUACUCAAUUUUUAGAUAAGACAAUUACAUGUUACUCUACCUUAGAUAAGUAUAUUAUAAUCUGUGGUUUAUGGUCUCCACAGUGCUGGCAAUUAGGUUAAAUAAAUCGCGGGUCGCAUUGGUCGCAGAACUAAUAUGUAUCUUAAUCAAAAUAUAAUAAGGUUUACUGUUUCUAUAGCACAAAUCUAUUUUGUGACUUUAGACAUCUGUAUGUCAUGAUUAUUAAGAAUUAGAAUUUAGGACCUUGUAAAAGUGGGAAUAUGCAUGAAAAUGUAUUGACACUUUAUACAAUUAUAUUAAUCGGAGUAUACCAACUAAGAAUUUAUUAAUAUAGAAAAGUAUUAAUCUCUUAAAAUAAGUACUUGUGUCAACUAAUAGCGCCAGUGUAAUCUCUCACUUUCGAGACGAUGCACAUCUAUACCUAUUCUUGUAUUUCACAUAUCGACUUGAUUAUCCCUACUGAAUUAAUUUUCGAAAUUAACAAUUUGGCAAGAAUUUGGAUAUUUAAGUAUUUUUUUAAACUCUAAACUAAUUAUUGCAUAUUCCCUUUUAAAAAAACUCAAACUGUAUUUUUUCUAUCUUAAGUAUUAACAUGUGAGACUGUAAAAACAAAAUCCUAUGUAGUUUUCGAAAGAUCCUUUUAAUAAGUCCGCACCUAACGGGCGAAUAUAUCAAAUCAUUUUUUGGAGCUUAUCUUUGGUCCCAAACUAUGUUAUAUUUUGUGAGAUCCCCUUUUCAACUUUAUACGUACCAUGAUGAAUGUACUAUGUGUAUUUCGGUGUAAUUUAGUAAAUGUUGUGAUAAAUAUUCA